UCAUAUCGAUUUCGGCAGUCAAACGGAACGUAACAAAUUAAAGUUAGCUUUAAAUUGGCAGAAUGCAAAUUCAUAUUCUAGGAGUUGCGCUGCUUGCAGUGAUUUUGACUAGUGCUCAAGCAGGAGAGUACUUAACCGAGAAACCUAAUGUACUUGUGCCCUGUUCUUUGGAUGAUUCAAAUAUUAGCAAUUGUCUUGCCAAAAAUCUCCAGGACAUCUUCAUCAAUUGGGCAGAUGGUAUACCUGGAAAGGAUGUUUUUGGACUUACAGAUCCAUUUAAUCUCGACAACUAUAUUGAGACAAAGGAAAUUUCAGGGUUCGAUGGCAGACCCAUUACUAUUCACAAUGAAUUUUUGAACUUUUCUGUAAAAGGCUUGAGUCAGGGAAUUAUCAGCGCAGCCAGUUACGGAGACGGUAUUGCAACAGCUUCUUUGGAUAUUCCAAAGCUAAUCCUAAAUUUCGAUUUCAAGGCCACAAUUGAGGACGGUAAAAAUAUAUCUAAAAUUGACGACAAGGUUGAAAUGAAUUUAAUUGGUGUAACAAUUGACUUUAGUGCAAAUCUUCAACGCAGAGAGACACCAAAAGCCACGUUUCUGGAUUUUUCAAAAGUAGAAAAUCACCUGCAGCCCUCAGACAUCCAAAUACUGAGUGCAGCUGAUCCGGAUAAGUCCUUUAAUAGAUAUAUUUCAGACCCACAGAAUGACUUCAGCGGAGUUUUCAAAGCCUGGGAUCGCAAUUGGGUUGAUCCAUUACUGUUAAAGCGCGUAAAUAAAAUAUUUAAGUAUAUUCCAGCUAACUUCAUAAUUAAAAAUAUUUAAUUGAAAACGGUA